AUGCGUAAAAUAUAUUUCAGUGAAAACAACAACAUUGCUGAUGUUGUUAUACCACAUCCAUGGUACAGGGCAAUAUGCUUAAAUGACAAGCCAAUUGGUUCAAUUUCUGUAUCAUCAUUUCAUGGAAGUGAUAGAUGCAGGGGCGAAAUUGGAUACGAGAUAUCAUCAAAGUAUUGGGGCAAAGGGAUUGCCACCAAGGCGGUGAAGAUGGUGGCGUCCACCAUCUUCGUAGAUUGGCCCCACUUGGCCAGGCUAGAAGGUAUUGUGGCUGUUGAUAAUAUAGGAUCACAAAGGGUGUUGGAAAAGGCUGGUUUUAUUAAGGAAGGUGUUUUGAGGAAGUACUAUCUUGUUAAGGGGAUACCAAUAGAUAUUGUUAUGUUUAGUCUUUUAUUUAUUGAUCAACAACUUACCUACUUUACUUGAUCCGAGGAUUUAUUGGAAACACUCUAUAUUUACCUUCACAAGGUAGGA